CUUUACUUUAUAUAUCUAAACCAACCGAAAUGGUGAUAAUGUUGAUGUAAAUUGUCGUAGAAUGUAGGCGGGUUGAUUACUACUGCUUUUUCAGAAAUAGCUGUAAAUUCCUAAUCAUUUUUAUGCAUACUUAAGAAAUUUUCGAGUUUCGAAGAUUUCAUCUGUACACGAGAAUUAGUGUACACGAGAAUUAUCUGCACACGUUCACAGCAAUCUAGUGCUGCGAGACUAGGAAGUAUGGCUGAUCUAUUUAUACUAAUUUAAGUGUCCUAUUCAACGUGUGAACAAGACUAAUUAGCCAUACUAGCUUGUUAAAGCCUAAGCUAACCUUGUCAUUGCUUGAUUAUUUUUGAUUGUGAAAUUGUUCAACCUCCAUUCAUGAGUAAUUGAAUCAAGUUACCUGGAGCGCGAGUUUCGAUCUGCAGCUAAAUUUUAGCUCAAGCUUUCCUCGAUAGUUUGACCUUUUCAAAUAUUCUGAAACAUUCCAUUAUUUGCUGGAAUGACUUACGCAUUUCGUCUUGGUUUUUCUUAUCAACUUUUUAUUAAUGCCAUUUCCGACCGGUCGUCUGUCGGGAGCGAGUGUGUACGAUUUUUCUUGUCACCCAAAGUUCCGUCCUGUCUUCUAAUAGCUUCCUCAUUUUUGACUAUAUGAGCAGAGAAUCCCUCAGGGAGAUUCUCUGAUGAGGAAUUUGCCUAUCAGAGUUUCAUAGGGAAUUCGCGCUCCCUGGGGCAGUCCCUAGCGAUCCAGCUUUAUUCACGAGUACAUUGCCAUUCUGUCAGCAUCUCUAGUUAAUAGUAUAGAAACAUAGCGUUUUUUAGUAACUUAGCUGUAGAAGGAGGUACGUUAAUGCCCUUUUGAAUUAGAGAGCUCAUUGAUUAGACAUGCCUCUAAACAUAUGAGCAUCUGCACGCGACUACGUUCUCUUAACAUCAACUAUAUAAUGAACUUCUCUGCUCUCUCGGAUUUACGGUCGAUUGUUAACACGAAUAUACAGAUGAUGAAUUGAGAUGUUGUUGAUUUAUUAGCUGAUAAUCGGACAUUCGUGUAGUCUUACUCCUUUCAUAUACUGGUUACAUUUCCUGUUUGGCAAGGUAAUUACAAAAUUGCUCAUAUCCCGAGAUGUGUAUGUGCUCCUAAAGAGUUACUAUGCAGAAUUAGUAGAAUGGAAACACGUCAAUUAGAUAGUUUAGAAUUAGUACGGGAAUGUAUAUCCGAGUACCAGCAACAGACAUUCACACAUUUUGUCACGUACAACAGAAGUCCGAUGUUCGGCAAAGAAGACUUCAUCCCUGACGUGAGCAAAGGCCGUCUGCAUUACUGGUCACACUGCGGCAAGAUGGGCGUGCCUAUCCACUAUGACGGCGUGCCUUUCGUGCACGUGGGACGCUGGUCGCUCGUGUGUCAUCAAGGCCGCGACACCGGCAUCAGCAGGAAGAUCAAAUAUUUCGAGGAAAAGCUUAGGAAGUCUGAGACUAGCGUCUCUGUUCAGACACUACGUAAAUCAUCGACAAAAAAAGUUGACUGCCCCGCACAAAUUUACGUAUCACAUAUUAUUAAAUACCCUCAAUUCAGAGUCCCAGAAAAGUUAUUAGAGACAAACUCAUUGCCAACAGAGCAAAUAAGGCGUGUCACGAAACGCAAGAUUCGACAGCGAUAUAUAUGCAACAGGUCAAGUAUAGUGCGGUUGCAUCGCUACUAUAUCAGUUUACCGGCACCUGACGACCACCAGGGCCAUCCUUUGGUAUCCAGAGUGCCCAGCGAUGGCUCUCAAACCCCAAGAAAAAUUGUGUCUAACCCGUCCACUCUGGAUCGACGAAACGUGAACAAGAACAGAGAUAAGCACCGACGAACCAGAGAACCUAUCGACGAACGAGUGGCUCAGAAGCUACUUGAAUUAGUAAACUCAGGGUACAGUUCGACUGCCAUAAUCAGGACGGAGCUCAAUAAAUAUGUCAUCAAAGAGUUAUUUGCCGGCGAGCAGCCCCCGCCCGCGAUGUUCCGGCGAUACAACCCUACAAGCAGAGAUAUUCUCAAUGCUUUGCACCGCGUUAAGAUGGAAAGAGCCAAGGCAAGGCGUUCUGUUUUGCAUUCCAUGUGCGAGGCUUCGAUUGCUUCUAUAAAAGAGUCUGUGUCUUCCCUGCAUAACGAGGACGAGCUGGCUAGAGCCUGCCAACAGCUACAAGACUUGGCUGAGCAGCUGAGAAAUAACAUGGCAGGGUCGGUCAGUAUUCACCAGGUGUCAUGUGACGAGACCUUAAACCCGUACACUUUAGUGACCGUCAUCGAAGAGAAGCAAGACAUCGAAGAAAAGGGAGUCCACAAAGAGAAGGAAGUCUUUGUCAGUGAUGCGAUUGAAAGGUUAACACAAAAGGAAGACAUUGAAUUUUUAUCGUGAGUUCAUGAACGCUAUGUUAUUAUUGAAGAUGAAUAAAUAUAGUUUUAUAACAAUUCUGCUCAAAGUAACUGGUACUGCAUGUCGUUUCAUUAAAUUUAUUAAAAACAUAUUGAUAGAUUCAUAAACUUUUAUAUCUUUCAUUGCAGUAUCACAUUCGAGGAGAACAGACUUCAAUACUAACGGCUGCGUAAUAAUUUAUUAGAAUUAACUCCAUUACAUUUACGGAUCAUCUUCGCCACGAUCAUCUUCUUCGAUUUCUGGCAUCGAAAAACGCAAAACCGCCGCGACGCCAGUUAUCUGAUCCAAUUCUGCACAAAUUUUCAAUGUUAAUAAUAAGAAUGUUAAUGCUAUCGACUUACUCCUAUCAUCUCGUGAACAAAUGUCUAUAACACCUAUUCAUAUGCAGAUUUGUAUAUAUUAAUCAAUGCAUAUUUUAUAAUUUCUCACGUUCUCCGGUGACGUGUAGAGAGGAAAAUAUCUUGACAUCUCCCCCGUUGUUUUUAACUUGCUCGACAAGGGCGAUGUAUCGGCGGCGCUCAGCGUUGUCAACAGACCUGAAAUUAUAGAAUAAACGAGCCAUUGCCUUCACUAUUCAUUGUUUACUAUUCGGAAAAUGAUCCUCUACAAUACGAAGAAGAGGGUUUUGUUUUUGCAAGACGACGAAGAGAGCAAAAAGACCCUCGCUAAACAAUUCCCGUCCUCAAGCCAGAGGAAUUAAUUAUAAAUAAAACACGUAGUUUAUGUUUUGGAACGUAGCAAUACCAAAAAAUUCAUUGUUCAUGCACGUGUUGGUUGGUACGUAUAUGAUCAAACGCCCUUACUGCUUUUUCUCUGUCACUUUUUUAUUAUUAUUUUUUUU